ACUAAGCUGGCAGUGGUGCGGUGCGGGGCAUCGCGCGCGUGCGGCAGCCUCUAGACUGCUGGUGUGCCGCUGACGCGCUCAGCACUCGCACGCCGCUAUCGUGUACAUUUCGCAGUGCGGAGUGCACAGUUUACUCGCAAACAUCGCGUCCGUGCCCGCGCCCGCGCCCGCUCAGCGUAACACUUCGCCCUCGUAUAAAGGCGGACGCCCGCGCGCACUCGCACGCAGUCGCGACUUAACCGCCACCUCUCUUGCAACAUCCGACUUUCACGCGACCGAUACACGGGCACGACAGCCACACGCGGACACGUUAUCGUAUCAGUGGUGCGAGCAGCGAUCGGAGGUCUCGCGAUGGCGGAUCACGAAUGGGGAUACACCGGCGAGAACGGUCCCGCGACAUGGAUAGAGAAGUUCCCUGAGGCGCGGGGGGCGAGGCAAAGUCCCGUGGACAUAGACACGUCGCUGGCCAGCUCAGGGGGCAGCGCGCCGCCACUCCUAUGGCGGUACUCUGUCAACCACACGCGCUCUGUAGUCAACCCUGGCUACUGCUGGCGAGUUGACGAGAACGGAUAUGAUUCAGAGUUGAGAGGCGGUCCCCUGGGUGGUGACGUGUACAAGCUGCAGCAGUGGCACUGUCACUGGGGCGCGGCGGACGGCGAGGGCUCCGAGCACACUGUGGACGGUCGAGCCUUCUCCGGCGAGCUGCAUCUUGUGCAUUGGAACACCUCCAAAUACCACAGCUUCGCAGAGGCAGCCGGACAACCGGACGGACUAGCCGUACUAGGAGUCUUAUUAAUGGUUGGUUCCAAGCACGAAGAGCUGGAGAAAGUGGUACGGCUGCUGCCAUUCAUCCAACACAAGGGCGACAAGGUGACAAUGUCCGAGCCACUGGACCCAGCGCAACUGCUACCUACUCGCACCGCCUACUGGACCUACCCAGGGUCGCUCACCACGCCGCCCUGCACAGAGUCCGUCACUUGGAUACUCUUCAAAGACCCCAUACAAGUUUCCGGAGAACAGUUGGCGUUGAUGCGAAAGCUACGAUGCGGUGAAGCGUCAUGCGGCGUUGAAGCUAUGGAACUGCUACACAACUACCGCCCCACGCUGCCCCUCGGCAACCGAGAGCUGCGCGACUAUGGCGGCAACUAACAUUUUAUAUUACAAAGUCCCGGUCAUGAUGACUACAAUGGCAACUAAGAACUUACGCCAAGUUAUAAAGUAACUAUAGCAGAAAAAUAUAGGAAGCAUUGAGAUCACGGGUUACACGAUUAUAUCGUCAGCUUGACAUAUGACUUGGAAAUCGGGUUAAGGGCUACUAAAUUAGACCUCUCUAGGUAGUCUCGGAUUACGCGAUUGCA